AUGGAGAAUCCGCCGCAGGAGGCGCCGCCCGGGCCCGGCGCGGACGGCGACGCCGCCGAAGAGGCGCCCGCCGAGGCCCAGUCUCCCAGCCCCGCAUCGUCCCCGACCGAUGGGCGCCUCAAGGCUGCGGCCAAGCGCGUCACGUUCCCCUCCGACGAGGAUAUUGUGUCCGGAGCGGUGGAGCCCAAAGACCCUUGGAGACACGCCCAGAACGUAACUGUGGACGAGGUCAUCAGCGCUUACAAGCAGGCCUGCCAGAAGCUGAACUGCAGACAGAUCCCCAAGCUCCUCCGGCAGCUCCAGGAGUUCACGGACCUCGGGCACCGCAUUGACUGUCUGGACCUGAAAGGUGAAAAGCUGGACUACAAGGCCUGCGAGGCCCUGGAAGAGGUCUUCAAGAGGCUGCAGUUCAAGGUCCUGGAUCUGGAGCAGACCAACCUGGACGAAGAUGGCGCCUCCGCCCUCUUCGACAUGAUCGAGUACUACGAGUCAGCCACCCACCUCAACAUCUCCUUCAACAAGCACAUUGGCACCCGGGGCUGGCAGGCCGCUGCCCACAUGAUGCGCAAGACAAGCUGUCUGCAGUACCUGGAUGCCCGCAACACGCCCCUGCUGGACCACUCGGCGCCCUUCGUGGCCCGGGCCCUGCGGAUCCGCAGCAGCCUGGCCGUGCUGCACCUGGAGAACGCCAGCCUGUCGGGGCGGCCCCUCGUGCUGCUGGCCACAGCCCUGAAAAUGAACAUGAACCUCCGGGAGCUGUACCUGGCCGACAACAAGCUCAACGGCCUGCAGGACUCCGCCCAGCUGGGCAACCUGCUCAAGUUCAACUGCUCCCUGCAGAUCCUGGACCUCCGCAACAACCACGUGCUGGACUCAGGUCUGGCCUACAUCUGCGAGGGCCUCAAGGAGCAGAGGAAGGGACUGGUGACCCUGGUGCUGUGGAACAACCAGCUCACACACACGGGCAUGGCUUUCCUGGGCAUGACGCUGCCGCACACACAGAGCCUGGAGACGCUGAACCUGGGUCACAACCCCAUCGGGAACGAGGGCGUGCGCAACCUCAAGAACGGCCUCAUCGGCAACCGCAGCGUGCUGCGCCUCGGCCUGGCCUCCACCAAGCUCACCUGCGAGGGCGCGGUGGCGGUGGCGGAGUUCAUCGCCGAGAGCCCCCGCCUCCUGAGACUGGACCUUCGGGAGAACGAGAUCAAGACGGGCGGGCUCAUGGCACUGUCCUUGGCCCUCAAGGUGAACCACUCCCUGCUGCGCCUGGACCUCGACCGAGAGCCCAAGAAGGAGGCGGUGAAGAGCUUCAUUGAGACGCAGAAGGCACUGCUCGCCGAGAUCCAGAAUGGCUGCAAGCGCAACUUCGUGCAGGCGCGGGAGCGGGAGGAGAAGGAGCAGCGGCUGCAGCUGUCGGCCUCCAUGCCCGAGAUCACCGUCACCGAGCCCCAGCCGGACGAGGAGCCCGGGGCCGAGCAGCCCGGGACCGAGCCUGACGCCCAGGCUCAGGAGAACGGGGACCCGGCCCCCGGGCCCGGCCUGGACUCGGACUCAGACUCAGACUCCGAGGGGGAGGAGGAGGAUGGGGAGAGGGCUGCAGCCCCUUGCCCCGCCCCACUGCCCCCCACGGACUCCCUGGGCCCUGGGGACAGGAGCCCCCCAGGCAACCCUUCCUCCCCCACCGAGCAGCGCAUCUCCAUCUCCGUGUCCAGCCCAGGCCGAGGCCACAAAGUGUUCGUGGUGACUCGCGUGGAGAGCCCCCCGGAGAGGGCAGAGCCCCCCGUGCCGCCCUCUCCUCGUCCUCCCUCCCCACCUGCCCUGCCUUCCCCGCCCCCCUCACCUGCCCUGCCACCAGCUGAGGCCAUCAGCACUCGGGACCCGGGGCCAUCGGAGCCGGAGCCUCACCCAGAGCCGCCGCAGGCAGGGCCACCCCUGCCCAAUGGCCUGAAGCCCGAGUUUGCCCUCGCACUGCCCCCGGAGCCGCCCCCGGGGCCCGAGGCCAAGGCGGGCAGCUGCGGCCUGGAGCACGAACUGAGCUGCUCCAAGAACGAGAAGGAGCUCGAGGAGCUGCUUCUGGAAGCCAGUCAGGAAUCUGGGCAGGAGACACUGUGA